AUGCGUGGCAAGCGGGCGGGACUCCUGUGGGCACGGUGGACAAGGAUCUCAGCUCUCAUGGGAGAUUCCGGGGCGGCGGCGGGCGAGCCUUUGGAGAGCUAUCGGGCGACUACGGAAAGCACGGGGGUGCCCGAGCUGUCUCCCCUUGGCAGGGAAGCUAUCGACCUGAUGCUGGGCACGGACCCCGGGAUGGCGAUCCCUUCCGCCGUGGAACUCCUCCAGCACCCCUGGUUCCCCUCCGACGGAGCGGAAGAGGAGGAACCCAUGCCCCUGCCUCUCGCGCCCGGGCAAACGGUGGCUGUAGGCCCCCCCGCGAAGCCGGAGGACAUCCCCGCGGGCCUCCCGCCUACGGUGCCCAAGCUGGGUGGCACGGGCAAUGGGCUGGGUGAUUCCUCCGGGAGCUUGAAGAAGGUGGGGCUGGGAGGGUCGCUUUCGCGCGCGAGCAGCUCGACAGACGAGUCGUCGCUGUAUAUCGACAUGCCAGACGGGAGCAAGGCCUUGGCGGCUUGGCUGGCCAAGAAGACGAGCGGGAGGAAGACGCUGGCCAUGAAGAGCUCCUGGCAACGGCGAUGGUUCGUUCUCAACCCGUCGACUUCGAUGCUGCUCAUCUACACGCGCGAAGUAGACCUGACGGCAUCCGAGCCUGAGGCGAGCAGGCGCUCCUCCGGCGGCAUCCCGAAGGCCUUCCCCCUCGACAGUGCACAUGUCUCGCCCUUGAUACGGCCGGGAGUUCGGGAUAACUCGUCGUCUCACGCCUUUUGCUUGGUGCUGGAGGAUGAGGCGGAGCGCUUUCCUUCCAUGUUCCUGUCCUUCAAGUCCGAAAAGCUCAUGCACGUGUGGCUCAUCGCCUUCCAGUCGGUAGCGGAGGUUAGAGCUGCAGGGACGCGCGGCACCGGGAACCAUUCAAGCCAUGCUGACGGUAUGGGGAAGGGGAGUGCGGACGCGGUCGGAGAAGGGUUGGGCUGGUGGGAUGACGUCAGUCACCAGGCGCAGAGGGUGGCUCAUGUAACGGCGGCUUCUGCAUUCGCGUGUGGGGGGGGCGAGGCGGAGCUGUCCCGAUUCGUGGAGGAGAAGCUGGUGAUGCACAAGCGAUCGGCUCGAAGCCUCUACUUGAACGGGUCGAUGAAGAGCGGCGGAACGAGCUUAUUCGGAGGUGGAGGUUCUAUGGUGUUGCCUACUGCCAAUAACGCUGGCACCAUCUUCAAGAACUCAGCUCUCCAGUGGGAACACCGCGUGCAGGAGCUAGCGGCCGUGACAGCGGGCAAGCCCAUCACCUCCCCCAUGCAGCCGGGAGAGCGAUGGUUCAUCGUCGACGCUCGCUGGAUGGACCACUGGCUUGAAUUUUGCACUUCGAAGAGGAGGAUGUCUCCACCCGGGCCAAUCGACAACUCCUGGAUGCUGCACUCCGAGAAACGGCACAUCCCGUACGAGGGUCUGACUCUGGCGAUGGGCAAGCAGGCGGGCGACUACCGACGGGUGGGGAUGGAGUGCUGGGACCAGCUCAUGCGCCUGUAUGGCGGGGGUCCGGCGAUCUAUGUCGACGGCCCGCCCGUCGAAGAUCUCUCGAGAUGGGUGGUGCGAUUCGGACACCAGGUUUCCGCGAAGAGCACCUACCGGACCAAAAGGCAUAUCCCCAACCCCAACAUCUCGGUGAAGAGCUUGGAGGCAGCGGCAAUGAAGUGGGUCAUGGGCUGGGACGACGAGGAAGACGAUGAGGGCGAUGAGGACUACGAGAGCGCCAGAGGCUCGCAGGACGAUUCGACCCUGCUGACGCCAAUUUCAGACGGGCAGCUUCUCUCGAGGCGAGCGGGCUCGGAGCGUGGGGCACCGCUCAGCGUGCUGAGGGAAGAGGAUGGGCAGGGGUCCGUGUCGCCCACCGGGAGCUUGAACAGUAUUGAUGAGGCUGACAUGUACGGGUAGUGGGGGGCGCUUUUGUGACAAGGUUCAGAAUGCCGAAAGCGUUGUUAGCACCACGCGUAAUGUGAUAGAUGUGCGUGCUCAUGAUGGCGAAGCCUUGGGCUGGUGGAACCUGUGAUUUUGGACUCUUUAGUGCAAGUUUGGAGUUUGUUUUUGCUCUGCAACCGUACACCCUGAAACUGUCUAGAAAGAAGAAGGAAGGGUGCAUGGUGCCUGCGGCAUGAUGGGUCCGACACACACCUGCCUCGAAGUGAAAUGCGUCGGGUUUCAACCGUCGGAUUGCAGUUUUAUUUUCUUCUGUUUGAUUCAAACGGAUGGGCCGGGCCGAUGUAUAUUCUCUAUGCCGAAGGGUCUCGAGAGAGGCGAUAGAGGCUUUAUUUUGAGCCCUGCAGUGCCGCCGUUCAGGGUCGCGCUGUUUUUGUCCGCACGUUCUUUGUAGUUUCUCUCUAUUGGAUUGAUUCUCUUGGUUCGCCACGUUUUUCGUGGACGACAAGGACGACGAGGCUGGCUGGGGUUAAGAUGGUUGUAUAUCUCAAGCCUGAUGCAUGUACAAGUAGCAGGCUCCAGCUCGUGUAUCGUCGGUGUUGCCCUUGCGAAGCUUUCGCGCAGCAGGCAUGAAUCACCUCGAAGUUAGGGCGUUUUUUGCGCAACUCAAAUUGUCGUUGUAGUCAGAGGCGACGUGCGUACAGUACAGAUGCCUAUUUAUUUUCUACACCAGCGAUACUACUGCAAGAGGCAGGGAGGCACAGGAAGAAGUGUUGAUAAGGGAAAGGGAGAGGAAGGACCAGUGGUGAGAGGGACUGCCAUCACGGCAGACACACUCAAGUACCUGUUGUUUGAAAUAUGUGCCCUCGUCCAGUGUUGCGGUGUGGCCAAGCCGAGAGCGGCAGGUAGAAAGACGUGCGUUUAUUGAAUUUAGACAUUAUUUUCCGCGUGCCGAUCAGUUAGAACCAGGCGAGUUGUCUGAUGCAUGCGUGGGGCGUGGCGGGGGCAGUUCCCUUGUUUUGUUUGGGAUGCGCUGGCUCCGCAGUUGCAGUUGUAAGUUUUUACGUUCUAGGUUGACACUCAGCCGUAGAAAGUCUAGCCGUUCGAGAAUCACGAACAGCAAGUCAGUCGCCUGUUUGCCUAUAUUCGCUGUACGUGCUAGGGUGAGAUUUUCACUGUUCAACAGACGACACAACAGCUACGUCCCGCGUUUAGUGAGGAGGAGGAAGCGGCAGUUAGGUUUGGAUGUUUUACCUUUUAUCCAUUGAAGAGAGGGGUUCAAUGUCCGUAUCGGCACGUUUUCCCUCUGCUUCCGUUGUCACAGCAGUGUUGUUGUGUUUCACCACUCACGCACUCCAUUCAUGAAUUGGGUAUCGAAAGCCUUGGUUUCUCUGGCGUCUGUUUCUGUUGAGUGGGGCAGUGUAUUUCAUCAGUGUGCCGUGCACUGUUGUACAAUAAUACCCGAAGUGCAGCCUGGCGCGUAGAGGGUUGUUGGCGAAACGCGCAGGCUUACUUUCAUUCUUGGACACGACUUGUUAAGUAGUUCGUAUGUAAGCUUCAGGGUAGAGUAUCUAGAUCUUCUAUGAUGUCGACGGUGCUUCUUAUUCCGUUGUCCCUUGUUUUAGCGUUGUUUUUGCCAGCACUGCCACAUACACAUGGCCGGCUGCACCUCUGCAGUACGGUGUCUUGAUCGUCGUCUCGUUGUUACGUCCGUUGUGUAAGGGUUCUACAUAGAAUUUUGUCAUGGCAUCGCUGCUCUUUUAUUUCCGUGUUCUGUGAGCGUCAUUUGUUGCCAGCACUGCCACAGAUGCAUGACUGACUGCACCACAGCAAUAACUAAAUUGUCGUCUCUCGUUGUUCGUCGUUCUUUCUAAAUCCGUUCUAAGUUCUUGUAUAUUCAUUGGCGUACUUGUUUAGUAUGCCGGCGUUUGCUGCUAGUGGAUUCUCGUACUGUAGGGUGCGGUAGUAUCGCAACCGUUUCCCCUUGUGGUAUCCCCUUGUAGUAUGGACGGCGCGCACAGCUGGUCUGGUGUCACAUGUGGGUAUACAAGAACAGUUUUCUCGCUGUGCCAUCUGCACAGAAAGCUCUCUGUAUUGUGUCCGAGAGAGGGUAGCACGUUUUUUCAAGCGGCUGUCGCAUCUUCGAAGACAGCGGGUGUAUCUGUCCUUUCCCCCCCCGCACGUGGUCUCCCUGCCGAGCGCUGACCGCUGCCCCCGCCGUUGGACGCAACUGCCGCGACCUUACGUUGGCCCGUCUAAAGGAUUUAUAUAGGAUGGGUUGGUGAGCGGUUGUAAACAUCCAGCCGGUAUUGACAGUUUCCUCUGCAUGUAGUGUACCUACCGUCGAUUUGUAGGCACAAGGUAGUCUAGGAUUCAUUUAACUUGACGUGAGUCGUGGGGGCUUGAGUGUCGGGAGCGUGGGAUUAGCUUGCGGCCAAAGGGGUCAAGCCAUCAUUGUCCGAC